GUGGUGGGAAGCAGAGCUGGGGUUUCUGCGCCUUCUAGAAGGAGGCCUUUGCAUGUUUCCGCUUGUUAAAAUGGCCAUGUGAGAUAAAGUCUGUGGUUUCCUCUGAGCGUGUGAGAGAGGGGGCAGAAGCAGCAGGGGCUGCAGAGCUGCAGCUGCUCUCACCAGCGAGCCUCCCACGAGAUGGAAGCUGCUGGGGAGACCCCCGUGGGGACCCUCCCUGGGGAAGAGAACCCCCAGAUGGAUCUGUCCCACCGAUUCUCCAAGAGAGAGCUGACCCUGCUCUACGAGGAGGUCCUCUACACCAUCCGGCACCGCUUGGGAAAGCCUGAGCACCACCACGUCAUGGAUUCCCAGGAGCUCUAUGCCUAUGUUCAAAAGGCUUUUGGCAUGGAUGAAGAGGAGCACAGUGUCAUCAUGCAGCAGGUCAAGGAACUGGAGAGCCCAGUUUUCUGCCUGAAAGCAACUGUGAAGGAAGCCAAGGGGAUUUUGGGUAAAGACGUCAGUGGGUUCAGUGACCCUUACUGCCUGCUGGGGAUCAGGACCAAGAACCAGGAGCUUGCCAACCCUGACCACAAGAAGCGGAUGAAGGCUGUGGUCAAAGACCUCAUCCCUGAAGACCAGAUCCAUCGCACACAAGUUAUAAGCCAGACCCUCAGCCCGGUGUGGAAUGAGACGUUUAUCCUGGAGUUUGAAGACAUGGAGACAGCCAGCUUCCACCUGGACAUGUGGGACUCGGAUGUGGUGGAGUCAGUGCGGCACAAGCUGGGGGAGCUGACAGACCUCCACGGCCUCAAACGGAUCUUUAAAGAUGCUCGCAAAGACAAAGGGCAGGAUGAUUUCCUGGGGAAUGUGGUCCUUCACCUGAAGGAUCUGCACUGCUGGAAUGACCGAUGGUACCAGCUGGAGCCACGAACAGAGACGUACCCAAACCGGGGACAGUGUCACCUGCAGUUCCUGCUUACACACAAGAAGAGGGCCACCACGAGCAGUCGAACACAGCCAAGCUACACUGUCCAUCGCCACCUCCUGCAGCAGCUGGUGUCAUAUGAGAUCCUUCAGCACCAGGCUGGCAGCAUUGCCUGGGACGGGGAGCUGAGCAGGCAUGCCAGCACCGUGCUGUACCUGCAUGCCACACAGAAAGAUCUCUCUGACUUCCACCAGGUCAUAGUGAGGUGGCUGGCAUACAGCAAGCUCUACCAGAGCCUGGAGUUCAACAGCAACUGCCUGCUCCAUCAGAUCACCAGCAUCGAGUACCAGUGGGUGCAGGAGCGCCUGAGGCCAGAGCAGAAAGCAGAGGUGGCCGAGUCCUUCCAGUCCUUGCUGACUUAUGGGGUUUCCCUCAUUCGGAGGUACCGCAUCAUUUUCCCACUUUCUGUCCCAAGGUCCACAGAGAGACUCCAGUCCCUGCUCCGAGUCCUGGUCCAGAUGUGCAAAAUGAAAGCUUUCCAUGAGCUGUGCACACCCAACCCCAACCUCCCCCACAUGGUCUCCACAGCACUGAAGUCAGGCACAACAGAAUGGUUCCAUAUGAAGAAGCAGCACCUCAAGCCCAUGGUGAAGAGCAUGGAGGAGAACGGCAAAGCCUUGUCCAGACUCCUCCUGGAGGUGUUAGGAGAUCUCCAACAGUGCCAAAAAAUUUGGAAUAGAAUUUUCAUCAGCACCUUGAGGUUGAAUCUCUUCUCCAUCGCCUACCUGGAGCUGGAGAUGCUGGUCGCGGAGCAUGUCCAGGAGCAGCUACGUGAGGUCAACAGCAGUAUGUCCAAACCCACAGCCGAGAGCCUUUUCCAGCUCUACAUGAACCUCCAGGAGCUCUAUCGGAUGAAGGACUUCCUCCCUAAGAGGGAUGGACCUCUGGCUCUGAACAAUUUCCACCAGUGGUUCAAGGAAGGUGUUCCCCAGUGGCUGCAGAAGGCCUACACCAUUGCUCUGGAGAGGGCACAGAGAGCUGUCCAAAUGGACCAGUUGACACCUUUUGGGGAGCACAACAAGCACAGCACCUCCACUGUUGACCUGUCCACCUGCUACGCCCAGAUUGUGAAGACCUGGCAGCAGCUCAACUGGCCAGACCCUGAGGAAGCCUUCAUGAUCAUGGUGAAGCUUGUGGAGGACAUGUGUAGGAUUGCCCUGAUGUACUGCCGGCUCAUCAAGGGGAGGGCUGAGGCUCUGUCGCUGCACAAGCAAAAUGAGGGUGAAGAGGCCAACAGGCUCUGCAUCGUGGUGAACAACAUCAAGCAGCUGCGGCUGCUGAUGCUGAAGCUGCCGUCGCAGCUGGACUGGGUGCAGCUGGAGCAGCGCACGGGAGCCGUCAUUGACCGGCAGCAGAUCCAGCACACGCUGCACAACCAGCUCGACAGCACCAUCUCCUGCCUGGAUCACGAGGUCCAGGAGGUGGUGCAAACCCUGGCCACCAAGCUGGAAAAGGGCAUUGCCAGACACAUCCAGGAGCUCUCAUCUUCUAAUGACACCAGGGAGCCUGAGGAUUCCAUCAUCCCCCUCAUGAAGUUUCUGGAGUCGGAGCUGCAGUAUCUCAAUGAGCAUCUGGUCCAGGAGAACUUUAAAAGCCUCCUCACUCUUCUCUGGCAUCACACCUUGGCCGUGCUGUCAGCAGCCAUGGGGCAGCAGGUCCCCUCAGCCCAGUGCUGCAAGAAGCUGCUCUGUGCCCUGAAGAGCCUGGAGCUGUGCUUCCACGCCGAGGGCUGCGGGCUGCCGCUGCACAUGCUCCACACUGCAGUCUUCCAGUCGCUGGAGACCCGCCUGGACCUCUGCUCUGCCACCAGCCGCAAACUCAUCCAGAAAUACUUCAGCAAGAGGAUCCAGCAGCAGCUGGACACCAGCUCAGAGAAGUACGGGGCUGUGACCAUCAAAGCACUGUACUGCCCUUCAGAGCAGAAACUCCACGUGGAAGUGCUCAAUGCUGUCAACCUCAUCCCUUUGGACUCCAAUGGCUCCAGUGACCCCUUUGUCCAGCUCACCUUGGAGCCCCGGCAUGAGUUCCCCGAGGUGGUGGCCAGGGCCACCCAGUGCAAGAGGAAUGAGCUGCACCCCCUCUUUGAUGAAGCCUUUGACUUCUUGAUCCCCGCCGAGAAGUGCCAGCAGGAGGGAGCCUGCCUUCUCCUGACCGUGUUUGACUACGACAUGCUGGGGGCCAACGACCUGGAGGGUGAAGCCUUCUUCCCCCUCUGCCACCUGCCUGGCCUCAGCCCCGAUGAGGACCCUGCUGAUGCAGGAAGGGUGCCCCAGACCCGCCUGCCCCUCACGCACCCCAAAGCCACCGGAGAUGAGAUUCUCCAGCUGCUGGAGUCCAGGAAGGGGGACAAAGAGGCUCAGGCCUUUGUCAAGCUCCGCAAGCAACGAGCCAAGCAGUCCAAGGAGACAGAAUGAGGAAGAGGGGCCUGAA